AUGUGUUUGCCAAUUGACGGCCCAACGACGGGUUUUACAUCUUCACAAGGAGAGGAGGACCGAGAGAAGUACACACCUUCACAUUCACCUGUGCAUUCGGUGCAAGAAGACGAAGAGGAACUAUUCGAGGAACCCCCCAAAGUUGAGAUGGCUGGAGCAAGACCACUGAAGGAUGCCUUUGUCCCAACAGCUUCUGAAUCUCCUUCAUGCAUUGAUUAUACACCGGACGGCAAUCAUGCCUAUUCCAUUCCUGUGCAGUUGAUUAACUCGUUGCCCAAAUAUAUGGGAUCCCCAUCUGAGGACCCUAAUGUUCACAUUAGGGAAUUCUUGGACAUAUGCAAAUUGCAGACCAUUCAGCAUCUGCCUCCUGAAGGCCUCAGGUUACUUCUUUUCCCAUUUUCAUUAAAAGAUGAUGCUAAGCGUUGGCUAUACUCUCUACCUGCAGGUAUCAUAACAUGUUGGGAUGAAAUGGUCAAGAAGUUCCUCAAGCAGUACUUUCCGGCCCAACUGACAAGGAAGCUGAGAAGAGAAAUACAAAAUUUUUGUCAGAAGGAUGGAGAUACUCUAUAUGGGGCAUGGGAGGAAUUUAAAGAGCUGCAGAGGAAGUGCCCCCAUCAUAAUUUUGCUUUGGAUGACUUGGUUCAAUAUUUCUAUGAUGGUUUGGAUACGGUCAAUAGGGGUAGCGUGGACUCGGCCUGUGGAGGGACAUUCAUGGAUAAGACUGGCCGGCAAGCAUAUGAUCUCAUUGAAGACUUGGCGGAUAAUAAUCGGCAGUUCCACGUAAGGGAUAAGCCAGCAAGAGGUCGUGGAGUUUAUGAGCUUGACACUAAGAAUGGGAUACAAAAUCAGAUGGUAGCCUUGGAGAGAAAACUCGAUAUGUGUCCUAUGUCUACUUUGUCUGAGGAACAGGUAAACUUUGUGGGGCAACCAAGGCAAAAGUAUGACCCCUACUCGAACACAUACAAUCCUGGAUGGAAGGAUCACCCUAACUUCCAUUGGAACAACAAUGAUAAUGUGGUUCAGCCUACUCAAGGUGUCUAUAACACGCCACCUGGUUUCCAAGCCCCUAGACAACAAGCAUAUCAACAAGCUCCGCCUCAACAAGCUUCAAGCAAAUCAUUGGAGGAUAUGCUCAAGGACAUGGCACUUCAUACCUCUACAUUCAUGCAAGAGACCAAGGCUCAAUUUAAGGAGCAAGGGCAAUCAAUCAAGAACUUAGAGAGACAAGUUGGGCAACUUGCAAGUAAUAUGCAAAAUAGGCCUCCCGGCACUCUUCCAAGCACAACUGUGCCUAAUCCUAAGGGUGAGAGUGUUGCGGAGCUCCAUGCCAUGACUUUGAGAAGUGGAAAGCAAUUGGAGGAACCAAUAAGAACCAUAGAGAAGUCUCAAGAAGCUUUGGAGGAAGAAAAAGAAUCCAAAAACGAAGCUGAAAAUAUCAAAAAUCAAAAUUUGGUAAUCCACCGACCAGUCGGCGAAACUCGCCAACCGGUCGACGGGUUUUGUGUUCCGGGGUCAGAAGCUCACCGACCAGUCGGCGAAACCUGCCGACCAGUCGUCACAGAAAAUUCAGAUUUUGACCAUUCGAAGGAAAUUAGUCAGCAAGUCGAAAAUCGGGGCACUCCUAACCCUUCUUUGAAUUCUUUUAAGGCUAACAAUGAUGCUUCUAUCCCUAUGUCUUCUUGUAUCCCUUGUCCUCGCAGGUUCAUGAACUCAAAGCAGGAGCAACAUGAGAAAGACAUCUUGGAAACCUUUCGGAAAGUCCAAGUGAACAUCCCUCUUUUGGAUGCCAUCAAACAAGUGCCCAAAUACGCUAAGUUUCUCAAGGAGUUGUGUACCAACAAGAGGAGGUAUAAAGAUAAGGAAACCGUGGCCCUUAGUAAGGAAGUCUUAGCGGUACUUUUGAGAAAAUUUCUUCCUAAGCUGAAGGAUCUUGGAAGAUUCACCAACCCUUGCACAAUUGGGGAACGCAGGUUUGAAAAAAGCUUUACUUGA